CAAUGGGCUAACUUCAACCAGUAGAGAACGAUUCGGUGGUAUGAAUGGUGUAGUACUUAGUGACCGAAAAAAAUUAAUCGCAGCAGUCGUCUACCUAGAUCUCUCAAUUCAACACAAUGAGACUUUAGUUAAGAAAAAGGAUAUCAAAAUUCGAGCAAGAGAAUCUCACCAAGGAGAACAAAGGUCUUUUCAGCAACAACGACAUGAAGAAAAAUAUCAUUUAUUACGGAAGCAAGAAAAUGAACAGAAGCAUUUACAAUUACAAUUCAAUUACAACAUAAUUGCAAGAGCAUCAGCAACAACAACAGUUAUUAUUGCAACAACAACAAAAAAAUAUAUUACAAGAUCAACAAGAAUUACUGUAACGGCAUCGUCAACAACAAUUGCUACAACAUCACCAACCACAAUUAUUAACUCAUCGUUUUGA